AUGAUAAAUGAUGUGAAUGCGCAAGCAAGUGUCACACCUGCUGCGACAACCAAUGGACUUUCUGGUCCUCAAGGAGGCUCACAAGGUUUGUCGUAUACGCUCAGCCCUUCAUACGCCGGAAUGGGUAUCGAACCGUCCAAUUUAUUCGCAUUCACAGGAACAACUUCACCAAAUCAAAUGACGAUGAAUUUAUUACAAAAUCUUGCAAAUUAUACCGGACAACCACCACAUAUGCGUGUAGGAGGAAACACGGGAGAUACGGCUUUGUACAAUUCUAGUUAUACAGGCUACUAUUUCCAACCAAACCCUGAAACAACUGGACCAACAGAUGUAGCAUAUUAUGGACCAAACUUUUUCAAAGUGAUCAAUUACCUUCCCAAAAAUACUCCAAUCACAUACGGAUUACCCAUGGCUUAUCAAGGCCCAAAUGCAAGUCAAAUGUUGUUGGAGAUCGCUAAUGGAGUUGUGGACGCAUUCACAAACAUUCAGUUAUUCAGUCUAGAGGUCGGAAACGAACCUGAUCUAUACGUUCAAAAUAAGUUCAGACCAGCAGGUUGGGGUGCAUCACAAUACGGUACCGAAUGGAGUACUGCCGUUUUAGCAGUUUGGCAACAAGUUCUUCAACCGAAAGGGGUCACAAAAAGUUUCUUUGAAGCUGCUUGUUCGGCAACAACGGCCGCUAAUCAUGGUUACCGAAUCGAAAAUUUAGUCACAACUGGCGUUGCAACCGCAACCGAUAACGGUCUUUAUGUAGGUGGAUGGAAUCAACACGAUUAUUAUUAUUACGUCAACGUAUCUAAUUACAAACUUACCUUGUCUGAAUUAAUGAAUCUUGGUUCCACUGCUGGUCAAUUCACCGAAUGGACAAGUCAAGCUGAUCAAGCAGCAACAACUGGAAAACCAUACUAUUUGCGUGAAAUGGGAAGUGUUGGACCUGAAGGACUUUCAGGUAUUUCUGAUACGUUUGGAAAUGCAUUAUGGACAUUCAACUUUUUCUUGUUUGCUUCUACCGUCGGCGUUCAAUCCGUUCAAAUGCACAUGCUACAAGAUUCUUACGGAUCACCUUGGCAGCCGGUCGUGAUGGCCGAUGGCACACAACCGUAUGUUCGACCUGCUUAUUCUGCUUGGGCAGCAAUGGCUCAGUUGAACGGAGCUGGUUGUCAAACACAAAUUGCACCUUUGACCAUCAACAAUAUUCCAAACGGAUAUACUAAUCGAUUGGGAGCAUAUGCAGCUUAUGAUGCAGGAAAUUUGCAAUCAGUUGUUUUAAUCAAUACACAGGUUGCUUAUUCAAGUCAAGGUCAAAACAUUAAUACACAACAGGUCUCUUUUUCCAUGCCAACGAAUAUGGCAGGUAAAACAUUCUAUAUUUCUCUCUUGACCGCUCCCGGCGCAGACGCUUUGAAUAACACACAAUGGAACGGAUACGAUUACGCUCAGAAUGGAGAUGGAAGUGCCAAAAAGGUUAAUACGCAAACUCAAACCGCAGUCGUGGGUAGUGAUGGUACAUUGACUCUCACCGUUCGUGAUUCACAAGCAUUAGUUGCUAAUUUGGGAUCGCAAAUUGGUUCUACAAACAAUAAACCCAACUCAAAAGCAUGCAAAAAUUUCUCGACCGUCAAUAGUACUGGCACCGGUUCAGGCUUCAAGGCAACAUCUGGAUUUGCUUCGCAUUUGCCCCUAAGUUUGGGAGCUAUUAUCGGUAUCGCAGCUGGAGGUGGCUCUGCUUUGUUGAUCUUAUUGGGCUUGAUCAUCUUCUGUUGUGUUCGUCGUGCACGCAGACGUCGUGCUGCCAAGAUGAAUGAUUCCGCUGCUGCACUCCUUCCACCAGCUUAC